GCGGCCCGGGCGAGCACCGCGGGCUCCGGGCGCCCCUCAGCCGCCCGCGUUUCCCCGCGCUGCCGUCCGACGUCGGCGAAGCCAUGGGCGCCGCGACCCCGCCGCCGCCCGGCCCCAGGCAGAGAAAUUAAACUUCUAAAGAAAUCUAAUGGCCAGUCUCCACCACAGACAUGGAGCACCUGGACCUAGGGGAACUCUGGGCUAAAAGCAAGAUGGGGGUGUGGGAGUGGCAUAGGAGAAGAGAAAGCGCUUGGGUUUGAUGUGCCACCUCCUCCAAGGAAGUCAUUGCAGAAAGGGGUGUACUGGGAGGAAACACAUCAGUCCCCGCCCUUGGCUUCAGCGAGUCACACAACCUUGGACGUUAGAGCCUGUCUGGUGGAGAGAAGGAAUGUGGCUGGGGAAGGGAAAUGCUGGAAGGGAGAGAGGGCAGAACCUGGGACCAGGAAGAGGCAGUCGGCACGGAGCUCCAGCGAGGCGAGAGGCAUGGCUGUCAGAUGGUAACAAUAAAUAAUCCAGAUGGGGUGCAAGUGCUGUAAAAUGAUACAAAGCUAUCUCUUUGAUCCAGUUCAAGUGCCCUCCCAUGGCUAUGUCAACGAAGUAAGCAGCUGCAAGUUAGACGAAGACAACACUGUUAAAUUAAAAGGCAAACAGAACAGCAAGGUCCUGGUGCAUAAAAGUGACCUUCAGAUUGAGGGCUUGAAGUGGACUGAGAGCAGAGGCAGGCAAGAUGGCUUCCAGGAGCCCUGCUGGUCUCAGCAAGGACCACACCCUCAGGGGACCCCAGGAGGGGGACAGUGUGCAGAGAAGCUUUGUGGCACCGCCAAUGGCAUUAGCCCCACGGGGAACUCCAGGCCCCAUGAGGGUGACCAGGGCUCCUGGGCCAGUACUGCAGACAACGGUCACCCGACUCAACCCUUCCUUGAAGGCGGGGACGCCGGGAGAGAGGACUGCGUGCUGCCGGCCUCGGAGCAGGAGCAGACCCAGGUUCCCCAAAAUGCAGACUCCGGAGCUCCUUCUCAGACAGAACACAUUGCCCUGGAAGAACAAGGCCAUGUCCUGCAGAUGCCAGCCCCAGAUUACCCUCCGCUUUGGGGCCCCAACGCGGAUGGCGUUGACCAGGAAGACAGAGAUGGUCUUUUCCAGAACCCUCCCGAGCAUGAGCGGCUGCAGGGAAGUGGAGUGCAGGGACUGGGCGCGCCCUUCUCCAUGAAGAGAAGCCGGGACUCGAUCAGCAAAGGCGUGGCCGUGGAAGGCCGGAGCGUGGCUCCUGCAGACGAGGGCCCCGCCCUUCUCGUGCCGGUGGCUGACUCUGUAAGCGAGCCGGAGGAUGCGCUUGGCUUGGAUGGAGACGGGCGCGGGGAGAUGCCGGAUGAGGACGCGGCCGUGGCGGAAGCCCUGGCCGCUUUGGAAGCUGCUACUGCGGGGGAAGAUGUGGGCGAGGCCGAUUAGGGAAGGCAGUUGGUGCAGGCAAGUCAGCGACUGUCAUGCCGAGCGCUGGGAGGUGCGUUGGCUCCUUAGGUGCAUGGCGGAUGACCCUGACAGCCCGUGCUGGGCCAGCCUCACCUGUUUACAUCCAGCACCUGGUCUGCUGGUCAGGACCUGUGCCAUUCCAUGUGGCCAAUAGGUGGCACGCCGCUCUGCGUACUGGGCUGUCGGUCGUGACCCUAGAGUAACAGUCGGAGUGGACCGCCAUGCCUGUGUCCGCUCCAGAGGUGGAAAUUCAGCAGCCUGCUCGCCCAGCCUGAAAGGUCUCCAGAGGGGAUGCUCUGAGACCCCACCCCUCAAUGCCAAGGGCAUACAAUCCUAGAGCGUUCUGUCUCACUGUAAAUUCUGCACCUUGCUUUCGAGAGCCAAAUAUUGGACCCCACCUAAAAUGAUGACCACCCCCACUUAAAUAAGUGCCUCAUGUGUCCCCAGAACAUGGCUUAACUUCAGGGACAGUCACCCAGGGAAUAAGUAACUAGCCACCUGCUAGACAGAAAGUUAAGCCCAGCAGCCUGCAGGAUGGGACAGGAGUCAGUCGCCAAGAGACAAAUGGUGGCUACUCAUUAGCUAUGAUGUGAUAUUAACACACCUUGACCUUAACUUUUUUUACAUUAUUACUUUUUAAUCUACUUUGGGAUUGGGGAGGCCAACCAAAAAUAAUGCUUGUAUCAUAUUUGGGUUUUAGGGUCAUGAAUUUGGGGACAGCAAAGCCAUAUAUGAAGUGUUUCAUGCCAUUAAAUGUCUGAUGCUGAUUAAAAUAUAAUAGCCUAGGGGCUGGCACUGUGGUGUAGCAGGUAAAGCCGCCACCUGCAGUGUGGCCAUCCCGUAUGGGCACGGGUUCAAGUCCCGGCCGCUCUACUUCCAAUCCAACUCUCUGCUAUGGCCUGAGAGAGCAGUGGAAGAUGGCCCAAGUGCUUGGGCCCCUGCACCCACAUGGGAGACCUGGAAGAAACUCCUGGCUCUUGGCUUCAGAUCGGUGCAGCUCCAGCCAUUGCAGCCAUCUGGGGAGUGAACCAGUGGAUGGAAGAAUUCUCUCUCUCUCUCUCUCUCUCUCUCUCUCUCUCUCUCUCUCAUUCUCUCCCUCUACUCUGUAACUCUGCCUUUCAAAUACAUGAAUAAAUCUUAAAAUACCA